GUAAUGUACGGUGAAUAUUCGAUUGUGUAUACCUAUGUAUCGUGUAUGUUAGCAGGGACGUUACGCUAUAAUUAGAUUCAUACCACGAAAAUAGAAUCGAACUGUUAAUCUGCUCCUACAUACACUUCUUGUGGGGAUGUUUUACCUAUGGGGUUGCUAGCUCAUAUAUGCGUGUUAAAGUGAUCUUUCAUGGCAUAUUGAUUAUUUCAUAUGUUUAACAUACGUUACGUUGUUGAUAUAGUUGAAUCAUGUUAGUUAUAUCUUAGACAUUCUCCCCGAUUAGACUUUUGACUGGAUUGAUUUCAGUUGGAAUAGACGGUAACUUAUAUUAAGUUGCGAUAUGAACAUAAUUUUGCGUGCGAUUUCUUCGAAUUGUCACUGGAUUGUCGUAGAGAUCUUAUAUCUAUCUUAGGUGCGUUAAGUAUACGCUUCAAACUUGAUAUUUUUCGAGGCUCGAAGUAUCAUGUAUCAAUUUUUACCCCCGCAACACAUCCGACGAUAUAUAAAUAAUGCUGCCACCGCGGCGACAUAAAUCAUGCACUAAACUAGUUCUUCUGACACGACUUUAACCGAAAUCAGUUUAAUGUCAUCAUAUAGGAAUUGUAACGUGCGUGUAAGAGAAAGAGAAAUAUGUAUAAAAAAAUGAGUUGUAAGUAUUAUUGUAAUCCCUUUUCUUAGGGAACGGUAAACAAAAAAAAAGACAGAUACAUUUUCGAGAAGAUGGUGAACGCAGAAAGUGUGCGUAAAAGUUCAUAUGUAACGACAUAUCAUGAAACAUCAUGCGUAGGCUUAGUGUAGUAAACAUCGUAUGCUUAUGAUUAAGAACAAGUUUCACUUGCACUUACAAUUGAUUUUUAUUCCAUCCGUCGGCCGUUAUAUCUUUCAUUAAACUUCCCUUUAAUUCUUUAAUUAAUUUUUGUAUUUUUAAUUAAUUUCUCGCUUUGAGAUGAGAAAUAAUUAAUUUAGAAGGUAUAAUUCCGAAUUUUUUGCUGACCAAUCUUUAAUUUAAAUAGCAAUAUUUAAAUAACAGUCCGCAUAAAGGCGAGGCGAGAUAUUGAUUGGCCUGGCACACACAUGACGAAAUCCUACACUAGAGAAAUGGUCAUGGUUGCACUUCAAUGGCGAAAUCCUACACUAGAGAGGCGGUCGGGGUGGUCCCUAUCCCAUAUGUACUAUUGUAUAUAUGGGAACCGAAGAAAUGGCGAUGUAAGAAAGGUAUCAUUUAGAUAUUAUUUAGACAUUAUUCAAGUAUUAUUUUAGAUGCAGUCCACUUAACACUAUAAAUGCUUGGAAGUAUUUGAUUAACCAAUCAGAAAAAAGGAUUUUUCUAAUUGAUCAAUAAAAAAAAUACUUCGAAGCAUUUGUAGCAUCAAACGGACCGUAGUUUUGUCCACAUAAUAGACAUAUAAUUGAAUGCAUCAAUGCGAUACAUUGGAAUAUAGCAAACAUACAGCGUAAUCAAUAUUCGUUCUUUCGUUCUUUCAAACCUUUAUCUAAAUGUUCACUUUACAUUUUUCUACAAUAGGAGUUUUAGAUUAUUUUAACCAAUCAUAAAUUUUAAAUCAUAGGAAAUUAACAAUCACAUAGUCGAAUGAGCUAGGAGAAUAACUGAUUACUAUGGUUGAAUAAUUUCUUACGACUUAAGACUUAUGACUGCUUCCGUAAGAAUAGUACUCACCUGACAGUCAAAUUAUGCUUUGGUUUGCAUCGAAUCAAUUGAUAUUAGAUCUUUAAUAAAUAAGUUAAGAUGUUGAAACUCAAAGUAUUGGUGCAAAAUAUCGAAUAUUAAAUGAUCGUAACGAUAUUUCAAAUUAUCGAUACGAAUCGGAACAUUCUUUCCUUAGCGAUUGCGCCAACGUUAUUUUGAACUUUAGUGAAGCUACGUUUGGAGAGCGCGCUAUCAGCGCUAUUGUAUCUCAUUCUAUCAUUGUUUUAUAAUUUUUACAUCUAAUAAACGAUAAAGAUAAAAUUAUACGUUCGCCGAAUGAAACCUAAAUCAAAUCUCAAAAUUUGAGAGAGAGAAGAGUUUUAAACUUCGCUUAAGGUCAAAAUAAUGUUAGUGCAAUCAGAUUCAAAGAUCUGAAUGUAUCGAUCAUGUAACUUUUUUCCUAAGGGAAAACCGUGAAAAUUUUUACAAUGAAAUUAGUUAGACAAAUUUUUUAUUUUCUGUGUUUCUUUCAUUCUAGGGAAAAGUUCCGAUUUAGGAUAUCGAUACCCCAGAUUUUCAAAUCGUUCGGUCAUGUUCACUUUUCUGUUGUAAAAGUUUCUAUUCAAAAAAGAAAUCUUCAUCGAAAAUUCAUUAAAGAGCAAGAAGAGCUGUAAAUCUGCUUUGCUUCGGAUAUCUCCGUGAACUUGUACUCCUAAGAUGUGAAAUUGUACGUGUAUAGGUCGCUAUUGAAGAGAGAGAACUAUUUAGAAAUAAACAUAGAUAGAUGUUUACAUUUAUCUCUCGCUCACGCUCGCACGAGACCUAGUCGCCCUUCCCGAAUCCCGACGGUGAGUCGGUAGAUCGUGGAUGAAUGUGCGCCGGUGAAGCCAACGUGUCGAUCGGAAAGCAGUUGCCCGUAACAGUAGCGGCAAUUGUAAUUAUUUUUUUACAUAUCCCGGGCAUCGAGCAGGCGAUACAGAAUCGUAUCAAUUUGCCGUUAUCGUUAUCGUGCGAGCAAUAUAUUUUUUUAAAUUAAUUUAAGAUAAAAUACGUUAGUUCCGCGACACUGUUGUGUAUCAUUGAGUGAAAACGUUGGUUCAUACAUAAGUCUGUGCUGAGAUUCGUUUCCCCCCACCCCGCCCGCCCUCCGUUACAGCGAUAAUUCUUUUCUGUUUCGGCGUGUGUUUAUGAAAUGAGUAUACUUGUACGAGAGGACCUCUAUGAAAUCGUCAACACAGUGACGCGCAUUGCCGUGCCGCGUUCUGCCCUCGUCCACCACGUGUGUAACGUCACGUGGCGUGCUCAUUUAUGCGGCCUCCCGCGCAAGGGUUUGUUACGGAAGCUACAAUUCCUGAUCAAUCAUCUGGAUCUACGGACUAUCAUCAAGUGUUUCAAGCAGCGACUUUUCGCGGACGAUCCGGACAUCCUCUCUAUCGGAUACAACGAGAUCGUCCGACGUGGUCUGCGCGACACCGCAUACGUGGAAGUUAUAGUGAAAAAGUAUGAGCAGUUAUACGAAUGCGACGCGUCCAUGACUCCCGCUAACGGUAAUACGCUGCUGGAGAACUCGCCGAGCGGCCACGCGGCGCAGAUGGGACAUGGAAAUUUACCAAAGUCUCAAGUUCUCAAGAGAACUUCAGAGGCAGAUGUAGAAGAUAUUGUUAGCGCGAAAAAGCGCCAUAAAACUCCACAACCGAAAAACGCAGUAUGCGCGUUGAACGAGCUGAAAACUGGAGCCACGUACAAAGUAGUGGGGCAGACUGGGCCCACACACGCUCCGACAUUUACGAUCGCGGUACAGGUCGACGGUCAGACGUACGAGGGGAAGGGGCGUACGAAGAAGAACGCGAAGCAAGCGGCAGCUGAGCUUGCUCUACGAAACAUAAUACAGUUCAGAAAUACACCUGAGGUUCACCAAGCUAUCAAUACUUCCCAGCCGGUUGUGCCUCUCGAGCCGGACUUUACGAGCGACGUGACGGAACGUGAUAAUCAUCUUGUCAAUGCAUUUAAAACGUUACCGCAGGAGCCAAAGACUACUAGGGUUUUAGAUAAGGGUCCCGUGGCGUUGAUCAACGAGCUGUAUCCGGGCGUCACGUAUAACUGUAUAUCCGAUAGCGGCGAGAGCUAUGCGAAGUUCACGAUAUCGGUAACCAUCAACGGCGAGACGUUUGAGGGAACGGGCCCAAGUAAGAAGGUGGCGAAGGCCGCGGCGAGCAAAGCCGCCUUAGCGAAAUUGCGAAAUGUCCACAGUUCCUCGUUUGCUUACGCGACCUUUCCCGUUCGCCUCAAUCUUCCCUCGCAAGAGCAAAUGGGCCUGUCGCAAAUGCUAGCCGAUCAAAUUGGCAGGAUGGUCAAUCAGAAAUUUAGCGAACUUAUGCAAACCAAGCAGCAACACGCGCGACGUAAAGUUCUGGCUGGUGUGGUGAUAACGAGAGGGCAAGACGCGGAACUGAUAUGCAUCAGCACCGGUACGAAAUGCGUCUCGGGCGAGCAUUUGAGCGUUAGCGGUGGUGCUGUAAAUGAUUGCCACGCGGAAGUGAUAGCACGACGGUGUCUCUGUGAAUAUCUUUACAAUCAACUGGAUUUGCACAUCGAAAAUAAGGGUGCUGAAUCGAUCCUCGAGCCGACCAAAAAGGGAUUCAAAUUGAAGGCGGGCAUCCAAUUUCACUUAUAUAUAAAUACCGCCCCCUGCGGAGACGCGAGAAUUUUCUCCCCUCACGAAGAGAACGAUACCGUGGACAAGCAUCCCAACAGACGAGCCAGAGGACAAUUACGUACGAAGAUAGAGUCGGGCGAAGGGACUAUUCCUGUGAAGAGUAAUGACGGUGCAAUUCAAACCUGGGACGGUGUACUGAUGGGUCAAAGACUGCUGACAAUGUCGUGUUCGGACAAAAUAGCUCGGUGGAACGUACUUGGUGUGCAGGGUGCGCUCUUAAGCCACUUCAUCGAGCCAAUUUACUUCCACAGCAUUGUCCUCGGCAGUCUCUUAAAUCCGAGUCAUAUGUACAGAGCGGUAUGCGGCCGCAUUGAAAAUACUAUUCAGGGUUUACCACCGCCGUAUAGACUUAAUAAACCGUUAAUGAGUCUAAUCACAUCUAACGAGAUCAGACAACCUGGAAAAGCGCCUAAUUACAGCGUCAAUUGGACAAUCGGACAAAGCGAAGCCGAAGUCAUAAGUUGCACAACUGGUAAAGAUGAACUAGGGAAACCUUCUAGGAUAUCUAAACAGGCAUUCUUUAGACGGUUCUUUAAUCUCUUACAUAAUCUUCCGACCAUAGACGAUGUUGACGAAAAUAGUUGUCGCCAGUACCUUGAUGCAAAAUCUUCAGCACAAGAUUACUCGCUUGCCAAAAGUCAAUUGAAGGAUGCUUUCGUGAAAGCACAGCUCGGAACUUGGGUGAAAAAACCGCUUGAGCAAGACAUGUUCGAUAUCGAUAUCUGACUAAGUAGUCAGAGUAACAAUAGUAUUGCAAAAAAUACCAAAAGUUUAAUCGUACAAUGCGUAAUGUCUAGUGCAAAAUAGAUCGCUCGUUCGGCGUGUCAUGAUACGGCAGAAUUUGGUAUCAGUAAAGCAUAAAUCGUAGGAUCUCGCGCAUGUAUUCUUUUGCGCCCUAUGAUCUCGAUAUAUUUACAGUGUUCAGAAUCUAUUACGAGUUAUCGGUAAUUAUUAAUAAUUUUAUCGCGUACGGUUGUAGUCGAUAGGAAAAUUCGCGUCAAAACUUGCAUUAUUUUGACUUGUUAAUAGCAAUAAUUGACAAAAUGUCGAUUCAGCACAUAUCUAUGCCGAAUUUCUUAAUAUUAGCAACUCUCGUAUCGCUUCUCGUCAUCUGUCUAAUUUCAUCAGAGAUCUUUUUAAUUUUUGUUGCACUAUAUACGAAACAGCUAAAGGUACAUUUGGUAAAUCUGUACAAAUAAUCCUUUUCUUGUGCAACUUCGUCAUGUUGUGGACAUUCCUAUUUUAUUCCCAUUUAUCAUUCAUUUGUAUAAUAUACUAGCAUAAUAUACGUAAAGCUAAUCGAUUUACGAUUUUGAAUCUAUAGUUUUGAAUUCAAAAUAGUUUUAAGAGGCAGCAUUAGUGUCUUAUAUACGAAUACUUACGACAUCCCCAGAUAACAUUCUACAGUCAGAGAUACGCAAAUUUUACAGGUAAACGCAAUUUUUUUUCCAACAAAAUUUAUAAUUUGUCGUUUAGUACGAUGCAUCUAAUAUGCACUUAUACGCACGCAUGACACGAACAUCAUGUAUCAUACACAGUGAACAUAUCCUUGCGUGAGUGUGCUAGCAAAUUAACGACAAAUUUUUCAAUCACGAUCUUGUGUAUUCCCAUCUCGAAGUAUCCGAGGUUCAGAACUUCAUUACUCAUGAGUUCAUCGAAAUGCUAUCUGGGAUCUUUUUGUAGGGCAUUAGGUAUUGUAGCAACGAAUUAAGUUGCACUUUGCAUCCUCAACGGCUGUGAUUGGAUUCAGAUCUGAUAAAUGGGUCUUAAUCGUAAAAAGUAAUCGUUGCAAAGUUCAGCGGAAAAGGCGGGACAGAAUUUCUCCUGGGUAAAUUUUAUGCUAAUUGCAACUUUCCAUUACAACAGCGAUUUAUAAUAUUUUUUGUUUAUUCAUUAUUCUUACUCAGAAUCGGGAAAUGGAAUCUUUGCUGUACGUACGGAAAUAUAGCUUUAAUCAUAUAGUUACAGUUCUUUCGCUGUAACUAUAUGUUAUAUGUUGCAGUUUUAUCUUCCAAUAUGUUUACGCAAAGAUUAUUGUUUGGAUAUUGCGAAAAAAUAUUCAAUAGCAAGGCGUUGUAUUUUAAUAUCAAAAUUGUAAUGGAUUUUUGUAAUAGGUUUUGUUGCAGUCUCUUAAUUUAUAUCGAUCAGAUAAAUUUUUAUCAAGGUAUAUUUAUAAAAAAAAAAGGUGCAUGAUUGAAUACGCCGCGGACUGUGACUAGAAUUAAUCUUUCGCAUUUAAUAAGAGAAAACGAUUAUAAAAAAAAGUAUAUGCUUUAAUAAUACACAACGCUUUACACCAUUCACUGUGCUAUAUUCUUUGCAAGAUUCAAAAUCACGAUUUUUUUUUUUUUUUAUAGAAAUGCUGCGACAGAAUUUUAUCUGAUUACUAAGAUUACGUUUUUUUUUUGUUUUUUUUUUACAUAUAUGUACUGUCCGCAGCCAGUUCAAUGUAGUAAUUAAUUAUUAUACUCUUUCAAUACGUAUUUAAAUAUACGUGUAUAGAAGUUGAACGAAUGAAAUGAUUGUUGGUAUAGGAACAUGAUAAUAAUUACUUAUGCAACGUAAAUGAUGACAUAGUUUUUCAGAUAAAUAUGUUAAUAAAUACUCAUAGUAUAUUUAGAGAGAAUCCUAAGGUCAUUGCCUCACUGUGCCAGUACUAAUGGAAUUCUGCCGUAGUGACACACUGCCCGCGUCGGUCCAGUUUUGCAUAAAGAACUUAAUAUGGUUUAAUGUUGCGUACGAAAAAAAACCAAAAUCUUUAGUUUUAAUAUAUCCAUUUGUCUUAGGUUAGUAGAAUAUUAUUUCGGUUAGGUAAUUUUUCUAGAGAAAGUAUUUAGAAAGAAAAACCUUUAGUUAAGCGUAUGUCACACACGCAAUCGACUUUACGGUGAUCAUCGACAUUUUUUUUUUACAAUUUUUUUUAAUACAACGAACUGAUAUACUUACAUCCAGAAUUCUCAUAUUUAGAUUGAGCUUGUGAAUACGUCACAUUUUCAGAGAAAAUAGUUCACUCAUAUAAUUGUCUAAAACGCGAGUUCCACUUAUCUCUCAUAUUUCGCUCCUUGCUUCCGUAAAAUAGAUUGCGUGCGGCGGCAAAGUGUGUUAGGGAUAUGUUGAAGUCAAUAUGUGAUACCAGUCGUUUGUGCCAAGCGCACCAACAGCUCAACGAAUCUUUCUUUGUCUUCUCUAUCUGUUUUCUAAUGGGUACGUUUCGUCAA